UUCGAGGAAAGUUGAAAGUUCUUUACGGACGAAAGUGAACGGGUUCACAGUGUAGAAGGUGGAAAGGUUUCUAACGUCGCGUCUAAGCGAAACGAUCGAACGAGGAUUUCGCGUGGUACGGUGGACGCUUCGCGGAUCGCGUGGGCGUCCUGCCUUCCGAGUCUCCUGGCCCACGCUCUUCACGAGACUUUAUAUACGCGUUCUCCUCGAUUGCUACGUUCCCCGAUAACAUGAUCGUUAGCGUACCACGUUAUUGGAGAUCCAUAAUGAUUCAGCUGUUACCAGCCCGAUGUUUUCCAAAUUAAACGCUGAAUCGAGCGUUUACGGCACCGUCGCACAGUGGUCGAUUUCAUGAAUCUAAGUGGACAAAAAGACCAGGCAAGCGGGGAAAGUGGAGGGACAAUAACUUGCGCCGGUUGCCUCAAUGCCAUUGACGAGGAUGAGUUCAUCCAGGCUCUAAACCAGAUAUGGCACAUCGACUGUUUUCGGUGUUCGGCGUGUGAUGUUGGUCUCUCAUCGUGGUACUUUGAGAAGGAUGGCUUACUUUUUUGCAAGGAUGAUUACUGGGCUGCUUACGGGGAAGCUUGCCAAGGUUGCGGCCAAAUCAUCACAGGUCCUGUUAUGUUGGCAGGAGAUCACAAAUUUCAUCCAGAAUGUUUUGCCUGCAAUUCUUGUGGAGCUUUCAUUGGAGAUGGAGAGAGUUACGCUUUGGUCGAAAGAUCCAAACUCUAUUGUGGAUGUUGUUACAAGAGGCAAAUGCAACCGAUCAAUAGGACAGCUAAUUGUCCAUUCGCCAGAAAACCGCACAGCAUCAGACUAGUGGAAAUACCCCCAAACAGUUCUGAUCCGGAGAAGCAGAGGGGAAUAAAACUGACAUUAGACACAACUCCUAGUCCUCGAAAUUGUGGAGCUUUGCUUCGUAUAUCAGAGUUAAUGAGAAAUGUUCGUGGAAAGAUCAGUAAGCUGCUGGCCUCUGUGAUGGAGGUUCUAUUUAGGCUAUGCUGCCACUUCUCUAAUCAUAGACUGAAUGUAUCCAGUGAUCUCAUAUCUUUACACAUUGGGGAUCGAAUACUUGAAGUGAACGGUACUCCGGUAAAGGAUCAGCCCAUAGAAAGUAUAGAAAACCUUAUACAGUAUUCAGAUACAGUUCUACAGUUGACCAUCGAGCAUGAUCCGGAUGCAGUGUCACGAAGACCAACCUAUUCUUCACCGUCUGCGGCAAUGUUGACGUCGAUUGGAAGUCCAAGAACCAGUUCGGAAAGUAAAGAACGGUUAUUCAAACGGCGAGAUGAAGGAUACAUCAGCGGAACACGCAGCAGACAACUCAGGAGGACGCGAGAUCCUAUGCACAAGGAACGCAGCAGUUCCAUGUCGCGACUGCUCGACGGGUCUUCGGCAAAUCCCACAUGCGACUUGAGUAGGACAAGGUCCUUUCGGGUCGAGCCAAAGAACCAAAGGAUAUUUCGUGCCAGUGAUUUAGUAAAAGGUGAACUCCUAGGUACAGGGUUCUUUGGUCAAGUGUUUAAGGUUACACACAGGGACACGAACGAAGUUAUGGUGCUCAAGGAAUUGUACAGAGUCGACGAGGAAGCUCAGAAAAACUUCUUGAAGGAGGUGGCCGUGCUGCGUUCCUUACAUCACAACAACGUUCUCCGAUUCAUCGGAGUUCUGUACAAGGACAAAAAGCUUCAUUUGGUUACGGAAUACAUAGCGGGUGGAACGUUACGAGCUCUGCUUCACGAUACAAACGAAAUCUUGCCGUGGGAACAGCGAACGUCCUUCGCGAGAGACAUUGCCUCUGGUAUGGCUUACCUACAUUCCAUGAAUAUAAUUCACCGCGACUUGAAUUCGCACAACUGUUUAGUGCGCGAGGAUAAGACUGUGGUCGUUGCUGAUUUCGGUCUGGCAAGGAUAAUACAGAACGGCAAUUCUCCGGAUAACCGUAAAUAUAGUAGACAUUCCGACGGGGAAGCGAAAACAUCGAAAAAGGAGCGAAAGAAGAGGUACACAGUGGUGGGAAAUCCGUAUUGGAUGGCUCCCGAGAUGAUGAAGGGCAACAAGUACGACGAGAAGGUCGAUAUAUUCAGUUUCGGUAUCGUCGUGUGCGAAAUUAUAGGACGAGUUCAAGCCGACCCUGAUUAUUUGCCGAGAUCCUCGGACUUCGGUCUGAACCAGAACGUUUUCAAAGAGAAAUUCUGUUCGAACUGCCCGGAAACUUUCUAUAGGAUAGCCUUUCUCUGUUGCGAUUUGAAUCCCGACAAAAGGCCGCCGUUCGAACUGAUGAAGGUUUGGCUGGAGAAAUUGGCGAUGCAUCUGGCGGUGGGCGCCGAGUUACCGUCAGACCUGGAGUUUGAUAUUAGGAACUAUAUCGGGUCCAGCACAAGUACCAGCGAGUCGACGACCCCGGACGCCCUCGCGCCGCAAUUGAAACCCAUAAAGGAGGGGCAGGUUCACCAGGAGAAGAAACGGUGCAGCGGCUGCGACGACAGCACCCUCGAACGCGAGGAGUCCGUUCAAAGUGGUAACACGUUACAAGUGCCUGAUGUGAUCGGUUCGAAGGGAAGGUAUACGAGGCAGAACAGUAAAACGAACGAGUCGCCUGGGAACGCGGGUCGAUAUUCGCGUCAGAAUUCCAGGUCCAAAGAUACCAGCGAGAAGCCUGACGUAAUUAUCUCUCCCGAAACUAGCGGGUUCGCCGGCUGUUUCGCCAGGCAGAGGUCGAAUGAAUCAUCGCCCCGGCUUUCGAACGACAAAGACGGUUGCGUCAAGCAAAACGAUCAAACCGAGUGUAACUUGAAGCGAAUAGCCACGAUCGAGAAAAUCAGGUACGUGGGCAGAGCCAGUCCGUGCUCGUUAUCGGACAGUCCUGAAUACAUUAUCGAUAAUAAAUGCUCGUACAAGGUUAACAAUAUUAACAGCAAGUCGGAGAAACCCAACGACUAUCAUCUGGGAUGCCACGCCAGAACGAAGUUGGAGAGCAAAUUCAAAAUACCGGACGCGAAUUCUGUUGGCUCGUAUCUGAGGCAUAUCGGCAAAUCUAUGACUGCCACGGAGAAGGAUAAUAAAGUGGAAAGUCAGAAUGACAGUGACUCGAAGAAGGUCAACAACGAAAGCGCGAAAUCGGUUGGUUCCUACCUGAGAAGGACAAAGAUUUCGCCGACAAAAGAGACACCAAAGAGCGCAUUCUCACCGCAAAAUAAUCAAUCCGAAGCUGGUACUUCGUUGCAAUCAAAAGUAACUGUAAGCGCAGGGGAAACGAACGAGAAUGAGCCGGGGAACGAGAGGAGGGUGAUCAGGCAGGACAGCAACGUCUCCGACAUUGGGAGCAUUCUGUCCAGGCAAGGGAGUCUGACAGUAUUAGACUGCUCGGCGAAGUACAAGGACAUAGCGUACAAAGAGUAUUCUCCGUUUAAUACCUUGCAGAAGGAAGAUCUCCGAAAGAACGUCAAUCUUCAUUACACGGAUAGUCUUUACUCGAACACGAGUCUCUCGAAGAAUGAGGAUUUCCUUAUAUACAACACAGAGAACGAGACUAACGCCGAGAAGAAAAAAGACUGCGUCGCGUCCAUCCAAGACUCCGGUAAGCUAGAGUCUGAUUCUAAGAAGUCUGUGUACGACAGCAAGAUGCCCAACUCGUUGGCGGAUUACAGCGGAUGUUACAAGAACGUGGAUCUCUGUAGACAGGACAGUUUCGGUUCCGACAGCGCGGUGGGCACCAUGAGGAGUGAUUUCUUCGCGGACCUAGACUUCGGUCAGUUGAGGGACGGUAGGCAUACACCGGAUCUGUGUCACACACCUGACCGGUGUUGCACACCGAACCGGGCAACGUCGCCGAUCGAGAGCACAGCCUUGUGAGACGUCGGGAUUGACAGAGCACCGGAGUAACGUACUAUCUUUAUAACAAGACAAAAAAAGGAAACGAAUCUCACCCUACUAAUUUGAUCUCUGUGAGCUAGCAGUUUAACUCUUUUCUAGAACUGGUAGGAUAACUCGUUUAGGUUUUAACUGUCGUAACCCCGAGAAACCAUAUGGGCCGUUCAAGUGUCGUAUUCCUCCUGGAAAAUGUCGCCGGCAUCGCGCGAGAACGCUCGGACGAAACAAGUAUUAUUAACAAUUUGACGUCCAGUAUUAGUGAAUCUUACUGCUAUUGGUUUCUAUGGUCUUCAAAGUAUUUUCGAUACUACGUGUAUGUCAGUGGUGCAUUCCUGCAUAAUCUUGCCUGGCGGUUUUCUACGAGCGCGAGUCGAUUGUAAUUUAUAAGACUAACGAAAGCAUUCCAUCCAGAAUUCUAUCUGAUGCGUUCGAGAUCGGUAGAACUAAAACGCGUGCUUAGAGAAAUAUGGUCUAAGAGAGAGAGAAAGAGAGAGAGAGAGGGAGAAAACUCACCUGUUUCUCCCAUUUUCGGAAGUACGGGAUUAUACUUUAAAGUUGUAAACAUUCUGUAGAGUCACUUUGUAGAGUAGAAUGUAAAGAAAGAACGAUAUCUUUUAUUGGGUACAUAUGUACAUCGUGCUGUAAAAUAUUCUCCACAUAUACGAUGGUGGUGUGCAUGUACAGAUGAUCGACAUGUAUAAAACAGGAAUCGAGACACGUCAAUUAUAUCUUUGUUACCCGUCUCGACGAUGAAACUCUAUGCCAAUUUGAUAUUGAUUAUCUCCGUUCGUUCCGAAGGAUUUCGACGUUGCGCGUUAUACUCAUUGUUCUUAUUUAUUUCAUCGGAGACACACCGGAUACUCGCAUUUUGCCGUAGCAAAGAUAUAAGGGAUGCUAAAGAUUAUAUAGUAUCAUGUGUAUAAUACGAAGAAUGUACAUAUAAUUUUGUAUAUAUACUCCAACGAUUCGUCACGUUCAAAACACUGUUUACAAAACAUAUAUUUAACAGGAAAAAAAAGAAGCUUUAUAUUGAUAACCUAGAGACGGAAGUUCUUUUGAUACUAUUAAACGAAAACAUUGUACUUCUAUUCUAAUCGUAAGCGAAAAUGUUCCCUAAUUUUAUCGAAAAUAGAAUGGAAAGCGAGAUGCAGCAUUUAAGCUAUAGUUUACAGUUGAAUUAAUGAUUCUUCUGCUGAGAGCAAGAGAGAAUGAGCGAGAGAGUGAGAGAGCGAGAGAGAGAUAUUAUAUAUAUAUAUAUAAGAUAAAUUUGUUUUUAUACCAAGUAUUUAUAAAAGAAUCUUUGGCAAUUUGCGUUGCAUGCGUUCGAAAGCAACUAUCGUUUACUUUCGUUAAUCGUGUUUUCAUUGCUACUCAACGAUUCUUUUAAUUUCACUUUUUAAUCGGUGCGUUCGUAAACAUUCGGAGUUUAUUUUCUU